AUGGGCGAUGUAGUUGCAUCUCCCAGCGCUCUAAAUAACACAAAAACAACUGCCCCCAGAGACCAUACAGGGUUGGCACUCUCAGGGAACCUCCCAGGUGCGGCAGGGAACCUCCUAGAAGUGGCCGGGGCCCUUGGGACGCACCCAGGGGCAGCAGAGGCCCCAGGGACCCACCAAGAGGCAGCUGGUGACCUGGGUCUCAACCAGAGACCAUACAGGGCUGGCGCUCUCAGGGAACCUCCAAGGUGCGGCAGGGAACAUCCAAGUAGUGGCUGGGGCCAUUGGGACCCACCCAAGGGCAGCAGAGGCCCCAUGGACCCAUCCCAGAGGCAGCUGGUGACCUGGUUCUCACCCAGAGACCAUACAGGGCUGACGCUCUUAGGGAACCACACACGUGCGACAGGGAACCUCCUAGGAGUGGCCGAGGCCACUUGGGACCCACCCAGGGGCAGUAGAGGCCCCAGGGACCCACCCAGAGGCAGCCAGGAACGUAGAUCCUAUCCAGAUAAGGUGGUGCCCCCUGGGACCCUCCAGGUUUGUCGAGACCAUACAGGGCUGACGCUCUUAGGGAACCACCCACGUGCGACAGGGAACCUCCUAGAAGUGGCCGGAGCCACUUGGGACCCGCCUAGGGGCAGUAGAGGCCCGAGGGACCCACCCAGAGGCAGCCAGGGACCUUGGUCUUAUCCAGAUAAGGUGGUGCCCCCUGGGACCCUCCAAAGACCAUACAGGGCUGGCGCUCUCAGGGAACCUCCAAGGUGCGGCAGGGAACAUCCAAGUAGUGGCUGGGGCCAUUGGGACCCACCCAAGGGCAGCAGAGGCCCCAUGGACGCAUCCCAGAGGCAGCUGGUGACCUGGUUCUCACCCAGAGACCAUACAGGGCUGACGCUCUUAGGGAACCACCCACGUGCGACAGGGAACCUCCUAGAAGUGGCCGGAGCCACUUGGGAACCGCCUAGGGGCAGCAGAGGCCCGAGGGACCCACCCAGAGGCAGCCAGGAACGUGGAUCCUAUCCAGAUAAGGUGGUUCCCCCUGGGACCCUCCAGAGACCAUACAGGGCAGGCGCUCUCAGGGAACCUCCAACGUGCGGCAGGGAACAUCCAAGUAGUGGCUGGGGCCAUUGGGACCCACCCAGGGGCAGCAGAGGCCCCAUGGACCCAUCCCAGAGGCAGCUGGUGACCUGGUUCUCACCCAGGUGCGUCGGUGACCCUUCCAAAGGUGGCUGGGACUCAUUGGACCCUCCCAUGGACGGCGGCCCCCACUGGAAUCAUCGCAUGGAUUGCGGGGGCCCCAGGAAACCUCAUAGGGGCGGCAGGGCCCCUGCAACACCUCCGAGAAGCGACGAUUGUACUAAGGACCCUCCCAGGGGCGGUGGAGGCCCGCAGUACCUUUCCAGGUGUGACAGCGCCCCUAGGGACCCUCCUAGGAGACCAUACAGGGCUGGCGCUCUCAGGGAACCUCCAAGGUGCGGCAGGGAACAUCCAAGUAGUGGCUGGGGCCAUUGGGACCCACCUAGGGGCAGCAGAGGCCCCAUGGACCCAUCCCAGAGGCAGCUGGUGACCUGGUUCUCACCCAGAGACCAUACAGGGCUGACGCUCUUAGGGAACCACCCACGUGCGACAGGGAACCUCCUAGGAGUGGCCGGAGCCACUUGGGACCCGCCUAGGGGCAGCAGAGGCCCGAGGGACCCACCCAGAGGCAGCCAGGGACCUUGGUCUUAUCCAGAUAAGGUGGUGCCCCCUGGGACCCUCCAGAGACCAUACAGGGCUGGCGCUCUCAGGGAACCUCCAAGGUGCGGCAGGGAACAUCCAAGUAGUGGCUGGGGCCAUUGGGACCCAGCCAAGGGCAGCAGAGGCCCCAUGGACCCAUCUCAGAGGCAGCUGGUGACCUGGUUCUCACCCAGAGACCAUACAGGGCUGACGCUCUUAGGGAACCACCCACGUGCGACAGGGAACCUCCUAGAAGUGGCCGGAGCCACUUGGGACCCGCCUAGGGGCAGUAGAGGCCCGAGGGACCCACCCAGAGGCAGCCAGGGACCUUGGUCUUAUCCAGAUAAGGUGGUGCCCCCUGGGACCCUCCAAGUGCGGCAGGAACAUCCAAGUAGUGGCUGGGGCCAGCUGGAACCCACCUUAAGGGUGCAGAGGCCCCAUGGACCCAUCAUCCCAGAGGCAGCUGGUGACCUGGUUCACCCAGGUGCAUCGCAACCUUCCAAAGGUGGCUGGGACUCAUUGGACCCCAGUGGACGGGCGGCCCCCACUGGAAUCAUCGCAUGGAUUGCGGGGGCCCCAGGAAACCUCAUACGGCGGGCAGGGCCCUGCAACACCUCCGAGAAGCGACGAUUGUAUUUUAAGGACCCUCCCAGGGGCGGUGGAGUCCUGCAGUACCUUCCAGGUGCGCGAGACCUUCCAAAGGUGGCUGGGACUCAGCUGGGACCCUCCCAUGGACGGCGGCUCCCCACUGGAAUCAUCGCAUGGAUUGCGGGGCCCCAGGAAACUCAUAGGGCGGUGGCAGGGCCCCCUGCAACACCUCCGGUAGAAGCGACGAUUGUGCUCAAGGACCUCCCAGGGGCGUGGAGGCCCGCAGUAAUUUUCCAGGUGCAUCGGGACCCUUCCAAGGGCGACUUGACUCGUCAACCUCCCAGGGACGGCAGGCCCCUGAAAUCAUCACAUGGGAUUGGGUGGGGACCCCAGGAACUCAUAGGGGGCGGCAGGGCUCUGCCACCUCCCCAGAAGCAAAAGACCAUACAGGCUGACGAGUUUAGAACCACCCACGUGCGACAGGCAAUCAGGAGUGGCCGGAGCCACUUGGGACUCCGCCUAGGGGCAGCAGAGGCCCCAUGGACCCAUCCCAGAGGCAGCCAGGGACCUUGGUCUUAUCCACAAGGUGGUGCCCCCUGGGACCCUCCAGGUGCAUCG